AUGGACAGAUCUGAAAGAUCAAUGUCUCGAAAUAGCAGAUCUGAAAGAUAUUAUAACGAUUCUCGACACCGUGAUAAAUACGACUCGCGACGCGACCGACAUCGUAGUAGGAGUAGAGAGCGAGAUCCAGGUCAUCGUCGUUACGAUGAUGACGAGAAAGCUAGACAUAGUCAAGGAUCACGAAGUGAUUACUAUCGCGAUAGAUACGAUGCAAGAAAAGACAGCAAACUAACUUCAUCAAGAACCAGUAGUAAAAAUUACAGCAAAAUUAUACCUGGAUAUGACAAAAUGUCUGAUGCUGAAAAGCUUAAAACUAGGACAAGAUACCAGUUAAAAGAUUCAACAAAAAGCGAUUUUUUACAGUCCAAAAGUGAUCGUGAAUGGACCACUAUCAAGAAUACAAAAAGUUUUGACCUAGAAGUCACUGAUUUCAGAGAAAAAGUCGAUAUGGAUGCUGUUAACGAUAUUGAUAACUCAGAAACCUUUGUAUCGAAACCAUUUACACCAAAUCAAAAGAAAUCUCAGGAUAGCACGGAAACAAUCUGUAAACCUAUAAUUUCACACGAUGAAGCUAUAUUUGGUUGUAAACCGUCCAAUGUAAUACUAGAGGAUGCCAAACAAGCACAAUUACAAAGGAAUUACGCCUUAGAUAGUAGUUUCCCAUCUCCGUCCAAUAAACAAUCACGUUGGAUGGAAAAAUUAAAAUCAUUGCAUAAAAAGAAGCAUGAAGAAAGUGAGGAAUAA